AGAUGUUGAAGCUCUAUUGCUGGGGAUAUUUUAAGUUUAAUUUUUUCCAUUGAAUAACUAAAUAAUACUAUUGUGCCAUUAAAGUAGCUCCUAAUAGACGCGGACGUGGCAUAUCACGCGGACUAGAACUCCAAAGACUUGUUGAAAACAAAGGGAAACUACUUGUUCCCAUCCCACCAGAGUAUCGUGCUCCGGUGGGGACUUACACUUCUAAAUUGGCCUCUAAGAUUGGUGUUGAGGUUCGUGCACAAGUAGAAGACCUAAGUGUUAAAAGUUGGAAGGAUGUGGAUGAGGGUAUUAAGGCACCGUUGCUUCAAUCCCUUACGGAUCAGUUUGACUUUGAAGGAGAUCCAAUUGAUGUCAACAAGGCAAUAACAUCAAGGUGUGGGUGGAGAUUGAGUGAUUACACCCACAGGUUGUAUGAGAAAUUCAAAAAGCUUAAAGCAACCAAGGGGGAAGCGUAUGCAAGAAGUCAACCACCUCCUCAAAUUGCCAUGGAGCAGUGGACUCGUUUGAUUGAAAAGAAGCAGACAAACAAAGAUUGGCUGGAGGAAAUGGUUCGAGUAGAUGCUGCACUUAAUCAGGAAGGUGCUGCCCCAUUAACAGGGGAGCAAAUGUCCGUCACGGUGCUAAAGAAUAGACCAGGUUAUGUGAAAGGACUUGGCUUGAGGCCUUCGUCAUCUAUUAGGACCACAUCUGAAUCUGCCCUGAAAGCACUUGGCUUGAGGCCUUCAUCCUCUGCCACGACCCCUGAAUACGUGUCAGGCCUCGAGAUGAAAAUAGAGGCACAAAAUGAGACCAUCGAGAAGCUUUUGGAGGCAACUAGGCAGCAGCAGAAGAUAAAUGCUAGCAUGAUGGAGUUUCUCAUUGAAAAAGGGUACACUGGACAUGUUGGGAAUGCUGAAACAUCAUCUAAUGAUUGACUGCGUGUAAGAUCGAUGUUCUUUUUGGAGUUUGUGGCUGUGGGAGAUGGAAUUCAAAGAAGGAUAUAUUGCAAAAGUUGGCCCCGAGGUGGUGUAGUAUUUUGGAAAGAUCCAUCAUGCUUUUUGAAAAUCCUAGAGCAUAAGUAGUGGUAAACUUGAUAUUUUGUUUCCUGGGGCUAAACUUUGUUUUGAUGGUUUGAAGAAUGAUGUUUCCUAGGGCUAAACUUGAUAUUUUGUUUCUUGAUAGUAGUGGUAAACUUGAUAUUUUGUUUCCUGGGGCUAAACUUUGUAGUUGAAAUGAUUUGGCUAAUGAUACACAGUAAUGACAAUUUGUUUACUUGAAA